AUGGUUCAUCUCGGUCCAAAACCAGCUCAACCAAGAAAGGGUACCUUCACUGAUGUCCCAAGUCAAUUGUUAGAAGCUAUCAAACCAUUUGAAAAGGAAUUUACCAUUUCUGGUGAAACUUUGAGAGCCAUUGUUGCCCACUUCAUCAAAGAAUUGAACCGUGGUUUGUCCAAACAAGGUGGUAACAUUCCUAUGAUUCCAGGUUGGGUCAUGGAAUACCCAACUGGUAAAGAAACCGGUAACUACCUUGCUAUCGAUUUGGGUGGUACCAACUUGAGAGUUGUUUUGGUCAAAUUAGGUGGUAACAGAGAUUUCGACACCACUCAAUCCAAAUUUGCUUUGCCAUCUCACAUGAGAACUGCCACUAAAGAUGAAUUGUGGGAUUUCAUUGCUAAAUGUUUGAAACAAGUUGUCGAUGAAGUUUUCCCAGAAGGUGUCACUCAACCAAUUCCAUUGGGUUUCACUUUCAGUUAUCCAGCCUCCCAAGACCGUAUCAACGAAGGUGUCUUGCAAAGAUGGACUAAAGGUUGGGCCAUUGAUGGAAUUGAAGGUCACGAUGUUGUUCCAAUGUUGCAAUCUGCUGUUAAAAAGGUUGGUGUUCCAAUCAAUGUUGUUGCUUUGAUUAACGAUACCACUGGUACCUUGGUUGCUUCCUUAUACACUGAUCCAGAAACCAAGAUGGGUGUUAUUUUCGGUACUGGUGUCAAUGGUGCUUACUACGAUGUUGUUGGUGAAAUUCCAAAAUUGGAAGGCAGAUGUGGCGCUGAUAUUCCACCAACUUCAUUGAUGGCUAUCAACUGUGAAUACGGUUCUUUCGAUAACGAACACUUUAUCUUGCCAAGAACCAAAUACGAUAUCCAAAUUGAUGCUGAAUCUCCAAAACCAGGUCAACAAACUUUUGAAAAGAUGAACUCUGGUUACUACUUGGGUGAACUUUUGAGAUUGAUCUUGUUGGAAUUGGCUGAUGAAAAGAAAUUGAUCUUUAAAGGUCAAAACAUUGAUAAAUUAAGAAAACCAUAUGUUAUGGAUACUUCUUUCCCAUCCAGAAUUGAAUUGGAUCCAUUCGAAAACUUGUCUGAUGUUGCUGAUAUCUUCCAAGAUGAAUUGGGUAUCCAAACCACUGAACCAGAAAGAAAGAUCAUCCGUCGUCUUUCUGAAUUGAUUGGUGAAAGAUCUGCCAGAUUAUCUGUCUGUGGUAUUGCUGCUAUCUGUCAAAAGAGAGGUUAUGAAACCGCCCAUAUUGCUGCUGACGGUUCUGUCUUCAACAGAUACCCAGGUUUCAAGGAAAGAGCUGCCAAGGCUUUGAGAGAUAUCUACCAAUGGCCAGCUACCCAAAAGGACCCAAUUGUCAUUGUUGCUGCUGAAGAUGGUAGUGGUGUUGGUGCUGCUAUUAUUGCUGCUUUGACCGAAAAGAGAUUGAAGGAAGGUAAAUCUGUCGGUGUUAUUGCUUAG